AUGCACUUAUGGCCAGUUAGUCCGCCCCAAAUGCUUAGGAUUCCGCCACGCAACGCAGAAUUAGGUGGCGGCACUAAAAUGGAUGAUCGCAAUAUCCUCCAAUCAAUGACACUACCCCAGGCCAAUGUUCUUAUCAUGCUGACUCCGACAAGAGUGCUCAUUUACAAUUUCAAACCAAUGGCGCUGGUGGCUAGCCAUGAACGAACAAUGGCUUCUCUCCAGGAGUUUGGUGAUAACAGAUCAAUGAAAAGAUCAGCUCCGUAUAAUGAUAUCAUCGAAGGACUUAUUUCUAAAAAAGACUCGCAGUACCUAUUGUGGCACCAAGGAAAGCUGAUAUUUUACGUUAUGACAGAUAAAAACUUUCUUUUAACCUACCAAAUUUUGAAAAACUGCACAAACGAAACAAUUUUUAAAGAAUAUGGCAUUCCCGUCAUAGAGCCUCUUCUAAUGAAUGAAGAAGAAGCGAACAGUGCUGAAUAUGAUUAUAAUACCGAUGAUGACACUCUGACAGUAUUCGAUAAGAAUAAUUCUUCAAGAAUUAUACAAAAUGGGUUUGGCAUAACUAAGGAAAAAGGGUUUUUACAUUUUCUUUCUAACCAAGAAAACAUCGAUGAACUUCCGGUGAAAAAACUGGAACUUCGUUUAAAAGUUGUUUUAAAAUUUGACUAUGAAAUUAUAGACAUGAUUGGCAUCAAGACAUUUUCCAAAGUCGGAGAUGGACGUUAUGAAGAAGUUUUGAUAGUUUUGUUUCCUCACGGAUUGCAAAUACUUACAAUAUCGGACUUUAAAGUUAGCAAGAGCUCGUUGGUUGAAGUGAAAAAUGGAUCCAAAACAAUUGUGUGUAAUAAACAAUUAAUGGUUUUAUCUCAUGAUCCCGUGGAAAAGCAAACCAUAUUAAGCAUUAUAGACAUAGAAAAACAAGCUGUUGAGGCAAUAACACUGCCGGACACACCAGAUAAACUACUGACGUGUCUAGAAGUUAAUGGGUAUCUGGUCAUUGUUUAUAAAGAAAAGAUAAUCUACUUUGAUUCAAGGAUUAAAAAAAUAAGCCAUUUCUGGAAACCGCCAUUUGUAAUAAAACUUUGCGACAGAAUUAAUGAUAAUAUAUUACUUCUGGUUUCUGAGGAUAGUACUAACAUCCAUUUUUACACAGAAUUUGGAAAUCUUUUAUUUGCCACGUAUUUUGAUGAAGACGACUAUAAUGAUGAUAACAAUAAUGACAGUAGCAAGGAUGACAGUGAAAAAAAAAAAGUGGCCCAGUAUGAGAUAUCUGACUUUGUAUUUUUGGAUAAAUCGCUAAUAACAGUGUCUCAUUCUGGAAAAUAUCAAGUUUGGAAAUUAUGGGAAGAAAUAAAACAAACGCAAUUUGAUUUUAGAAACCCGAAAUGCUACGUAUUAACCAAUACUAACAAUGAUGUAGUCAUAUAUUCACCCGUGACAAGUUCAUCUUUGAAUAAUGAUAAUUUACAAGUCAUAAAACUUCCUACAAAAACUUUCAAUAAUCAUAUCGCUUUUGUGAAAAUCAAUUCUUCCUUGAGGUUACUUGCUACUUAUGUGUCGAACAAGAAUAUACUACUGAUUCAUAAUUUAGAAACCAAUACGUGGUCUAGUUUUGCAGACCAAAACGUAUUGGAUUUACAUUGGCUCGGUGAUAAUUAUUUGAUUUGUCAUAUGAAGAAAGAUGACGGCUCAACAAGUUUGAAAUGUCUACAAAUUCCUCUACAAGAAGCGAAUUCGGAUGUGGAACUAUCAGAUUAUGUUAUUUGGGAAUACAAUGUUCCAGAGAAUACAAUUGUUUUCAGUUUACACGUUAAUACUCUAUUCCGGUAUAAGUUGUUGAAGAUUAAAUCCAAGGACCACAAAGCUUCCGAGAAGCAAGCCGAAGCAUUACUUAAAACAGCUGAGAUUAUUUUAGUUACUGAUACUCAAACGAUUGUUUUUGAUGUGAUUUCUACUGUCCAUCCAUGUGGAUUAAACAUCAUCAAAAAAUUUUACCAGUAUCUUAAAAUUAACAUUCCAAUUGAUGUUUUACCCAACAAAAUUGAGUGGAUAACUAACAUGAAAGAGGGCUUGUUAUUUUUUGCCGACAGAAAAUUUAUAAAGUUUGGCAAACUGGAUGGAGGAGGUUGGCAAACCUUAACUCUGUUGAAUAAUAUAGAAAAAAUAGUCGAUGUUAUAAGGGACGAAAUAUUUGUAAUCCAGGGCCAUAAUUACGUCGUAUACUCUUUAGAAGAUUUAUGGGAUGAUAAAAAGCCACUAAUUUCUAUCCCCAUCGAAGAAGAUCUGUAUCCAAUAUCAACCACGCCGGAAACAGCUACUACACAUACACUUCACUGCAUUUUCAACUCGAGAUUUUCCAAAUUGGUGGUAAAACACCAAAUAUACCUCGAUCAAUUAAUCUUAGCCAAAUUAAGAGACAAUAUCAAUUUGGAGGAAAUCUCAAACGAUUAUCGUUCACUAAGGCCUUAUAAAUUUGCGCUCGAAAAGAUUUUGUCUACUAAAAUACUACAAAGCGACUCUUUGGAUGAUAUCCUGAAAUUAAUUAAGAUGUAUGAUAACACCGAUUCAGAGCAUAAUAUUUCAGUACCUACCCACGGUGGUAUGUUAGAAAUUAUUAGUAAUUGCUUAAGAAAGAUCGAAACCAAGUACUGGAACCAUCUUUUCACUAACUUGAAGAUGACACCAAGGGAUUUGCUAGCCCUCUGUAUAGAAGAAAAUGAGGCUAAAAUGCUUGGCGUACUUCUCUUGGUAUUUUUGAAUUACGAUGAGAAAGAUUUGGGAGAUGAUUUACAUUUUAAAAAAACAGAUUUAGAAACAAAAGAAAGCAAAACUGUAAACGAUGAUUCUACAAAAACGUCAGGUAAAUCUGUCACUAAUUUGUUGAAGGAUGAAGAAUUAAUGCUUAAAGUCUUGGAGCUUUUGGUGACAAGUGCUGCGAACGCUACGGACACAAUAAAAGCUACCGAUUCGUGGGACAUGUGUUUCCAAUUAAUACGCUUACUCAAGGAAUUGGACAGAGAGAACAACACACAAUUGGUCCAAAAGGCUCUCGAGAGAUUUAAAUAA